AUGCUGCACGGACAGCCCCUGCACAACCAUGUCAGCCAUCUGCCAGCAGGGGUCAGCUCUUCUCUGCUGGUCGGUAAAGAUGGGCGGUAUUGUUCCUCUAUUUUGAAUGAAGACAUGUUGGCUAAUCAGAAUUUGCAACCUAAAAAGAAGCACCGAAAGUCUCCUUCACCCACCAAAAUAAAAGAAGAGCGGGUGCGAUAUAUGACACCACUUGAAGACGACGACUUGUCUCUGAAAGUUCAGAAGAAUUUCAUCUGCGAUCAUUGUUACGGAGCCUUCAGGAGCAGCUAUCACCUCAAAAGACACAUAUUGACACAUACAGGAGAAAAGCCAUUUGCCUGUGAUUCAUGUGAUAUGCGAUUUAUUCAACGGUAUCACCUUGACCGACACAAACGCGUACACAGUGGAGAAAAACCGUAUCAGUGUGAUCGCUGCCGCCAGAACUUCUCACGGACAGACCGGCUGCUGAGGCACAGACGCUUGUGUACAGCUGGAAUUGUAAAGGAAGAAAACCAGCCUUAUUCCCAGGCGUCCUCUUCACACAGUGCUGCCUGGGGCCCUUUGCAGUCCGCCAACAGUCGCUUAACUGUGUGA